AUGUGUGCAAGAGAAAGAGUCAGAGAGAGCCAUCAGUCGGUCAAUCCUUCUGAAUUGCAAACUAAAAAGAGGAAAGACCAGAACACUUCGGCAAGACAAGCACUGGUCGUAAGCAUCUUAGGGUUGGAGCAUGGGAGGGUAUACUGGGCUGUUGGUGCUGGUGUGCGUGACGGGGCUCCUGUCGUCGGGGGAAGGGCAGGAUGGCUGCACGGUUAAGGAUGGGAAACCAGGAGACACUGGGCUGUCGGGUUUGGAUGGACGUCAGGGAGCCAAGGGACAGAAAGGAGAGCCGGCUCAAGUGCAGCAGAUGAAUCAAGAGGCCCUCUUGAAGCUCAGGGGGGCGAGGGGGAGACCGGGUCAACCAGGGGACAUGGGCCCAAAGGGUUACAAUGGAGAUGUGGGCCCCGAAGGCUCCCCCGGUGUCUUUGGACCCAAAGGCCCCCCAGGAGGGGGAGCUGGCCCCUCCCAGAAUCCCCGUCGAGCCUUCUCAGUGGAGCGCACGGGCCAUAGCCUUCCCCGGUACAGUGACAAAAUCACCUUCCAGACAGCCAUUACCAGCUCCCCUGACUUCAAGAUGGACAAAGGCAUCUUCACCUGCAAAAAGCCUGGAGUCUACUACUUUGUGUUUCACGCCAUGUCCAAGGUGGAUAUGUGUCUGAAGCUGCAUAGUGGGGACAAACCAGAGAGAGAACUGGUGUUCUGCGACUACAGCAGUGGAAAAUCACAGGUUUUGACAGGAGGAGGGGUUCUCACGUUGAAGCUGGAUCAGGAGGUGUGGCUGGAAAUGUACAAGGAUAAGCAGUCGGACAGCGUUCACACAGACACCACUGAUAAAAAGAUUGUAUUCAACGGCUUCAUGCUCUUCUCCGACACUUACAUUUGUCGUCUCACAGAGCUCGUUCUCUCGGUCAAAACCUCUCCUUACCAUUUUCAACAGAUAAGGAUUAUGAUGCUCCAUCCCUACCUUGCCACGGGAGCCUUUCUGUCAUUGAUUCUCCCUGUCUUGGUCGCCACGGACACCUGUACUGGGGUAGGAAUUCCUGGACUUCCUGGCGUCCCAGGGAUUCCAGGAAGGAAUGGUCGAGAUGGAGAACAAGGAGAGAAAGGAGAAGCAGGUGUAACAGGGGCACUAGUACAGAGUCCGGUAAAGGGGUAUCAGGGGGACCCAGGAGCUCUGGGUGCCACUGGCAAGCGUGGUAAGGGUGGAGAGAGAGGGCCCCCAGGCCCUGUGGGACCCCCAGGGGAUGUGGGACCCCCUGGGGGAGGCUCAGAUAGAUCCGCCUUCAGCGUGACCAGAGGAACGAUCUCAGCGCCUGAGAAAUUCAAAGUCGUUAAGUUCACGUCCGUGAUCACCAACUUACACGACGACUACGACACCGAGACAGGCCGCUUCAGAUGCCGUGUCCCAGGGACCUACUACUUUGUGUACCACGCCUCUUCCGAGGAGAGACUUUGCCUGCAGCUCAAAGUGGACGACACCACCAUGGCCGCCUUCUGUGAGCUGUCCACCAACAGCGUGAGGCAGGUGAGCUCCGGGGGCCUGGCCAUGCACCUGGUAAAGGACCAGGAGGUGUGGCUGCAGACUAACGACAACAAUGGCAUGACUGGCAGGAUAGAGGGGACCAGCGUCUUCUCCGGGUUCCUCCUUCACGCCCACUGAUCUCCAUGGUGACGGUCGGUCGUCCCAUUCAUCCACCCAUCCAUCCACCCAUCCGUCCGUGCGUUCAUCCAUACAUCGAUCCAGUGCAUUGUCUGAACGAUGGUUGUUUGUUGCUUUAUCCUUGAAUUGUUUCCAACGUAAUGUCAGCAGAUUGUUUUCCUCGAUUGUUCUUCCCUGUCAUGAGAGCAAUAAAACAUUUGACAUUGUU